AUGCACCUCACUGAUUUUAUAGAGAGCAGAUAUUGUCAAGGACUGAGAUUACGACAGGUGGAUAUGAUCCAGGAUGGCAUAGCCGGAAGCUCAGCAACACUGAACAAAAUGACAAAGAAGCUAAGAAUGGUCUGUAAAAAAGCUUUGAGAAAGUACAAGAGAAAGACAGGACAGUUUGUGGGGGGCAGGACAGAGUUUGUCAUUAUAGAUGAAAGCAACUUCCGUCACAAAAGAAAGUAUGGACGAGGAAGAGCUGGCAAAACAUGGAGAAGAAAAAAGUGGGUCUUUGGUAUCUUGGCCAUUAAGGGUGAUAGAAGACGACCAAUUUUGCGGCUUGUUAGAAAGCACUCAAGAAAUCAUCUGAUUCCAGUGAUAACAAGACAUGUUCACCAGGGAUCAACCAUUUUGAGUGACGAAUGGAGACCCUACAAGAGAGCUCUGACCACACUUGGAUAUACUCACUACACUGUGAAUCAUAGCAGGUGGUUUGUUGACCCAGUUCAUGGAGGCCACACCCAGAAUAUAGAACGAGCAUGGUCAACAUAUAAAAACCAGGUCUGGAGGUUGAGAGGCAAUAGGACAGAAAAGCUGUUGAAGGAACACUUGACAUGCAUUGAGUGGACAUACUGGCUUGGACACAACCACCAAUGUUGA